UGCAGGAAUUUUGGUCCAACUGCUCAUAGAGCUGGCAACACUCCUGUUUGUUUUGUGUUCUCCCAUUGAAUCUGGAGGAUACGAUGGAAGCUUUACUGAUGGCGCAAGGGAAAUUCUGUUAUGAGUAACAGAUACAGUCCAGAUUUCACUUCAGUACAGGAAUGUGGUGAGGCUCCAAUGAUAAACAGAUUUACUCGACGAGUAUCUGUAUGUGCAGAAGCUUUCAACCCUGAUGAGGAAGAGGAGGAUACAGAACCUCGGGUUGUUCAUCCCAAAACAGAUGAACAAAGAAGAAGAUUGCAAGAUGCAUGUAAAGACAUUCUUCUUUUUAAGAAUUUAGAUCAGGAACAAAUGUUUCAGCUGUUGGAUGCCAUGUUUGAAACGCAUGUCAAAGUUGGUGAGCAUGUUAUUGAUCAAGGGGAUGAUGGUGAUAACUUCUAUGUUAUUGAAAGGGGAACGUACAAUAUAUUUGUCAAUGUGGAUGGAAUGCAAAGAUGUGUUGGUACCUAUGAUAAUCGUGGCAGCUUUGGUGAGCUGGCAUUGAUGUAUAAUACUCCCAGAGCAGCUACCAUCAUUGCUACCUCCGUUGGAGCACUGUGGGGUCUGGACAGGACAACGUUUCGUAGAAUUAUUGUCAAAAACAAUGCCAAAAAGAGGAAAUUGUAUGAAGAAUUUGUCCAGUCGCUGCCCCUUCUAAAAUCACUAGAACUAGGGGAACGAAUGAAGGUAGUCGAUGUAUUCGGAACUAAAACGUACCAGGAUGAAGAGCGAAUAAUUGCUCAGGGAGACAAAGCUGAUUGUUUUUAUAUUGUAGAAUCUGGAGAAGUUCGGAUAACUAUGAAACACAAGACCAAACCUGAUGCAGACAAUGGAGUGGAAAUAGCUCGCUGUUCAAGAGGGCAGUACUUUGGAGAACUUGCUUUGGUGGCAAAUCAGCCACGUGCAGCAUCUGCCUACGCUGUAGGAAAUGUGAAAUGUCUCGUUAUGGAUGUGCAAGCUUUUGAGCGACUGCUUGGUCCUUGUAUGGAUAUAAUGAAGAGAAACAUUGCAAAUUAUGAGGAGCAACUAGUGGAACUUUUUGGAACGAAUAUGGAUCUCACUGAUCCUGGUAUAUGAACAAGAAAAUUGAAGGACACCAUUAAGAUGCAUCACUGUGGAAAAUGUGGAUUCCCACUGAAAAGUGCAUUGAAUUGUAUAGAAGGGAAGCAUUUUUUGUAGCUAUUCUGUUUACUUAUUUUUUAACCAAAAACAGAAUUAUUACCACUGCAAUAUAGUGAUAGCCUAUAAUGUAGCUUUUAGUUACCAAUUUUCUGAAACAUGCAGGUUAUUAAAUAAUAGAUAAAUAUUUGACUAAAAAUUUUACAUGAGUUGAUAUCUGAAAUUGUUAAAUAAAAUAACUGCUCAACAGAGGAUCUGCAGUGACGAAGAAAGGAUAGGAAUAUAUGACUUUUGUUGAUCUUGCAUACAGUGUGUUUUAACUUAAAUAUAUAAGUUACUUAAUAAACUUUAUUUGACAACUUGAAACCUAGUUACUUUGAGAAGUCCCACUAAUUAUACAAGAGAUGUAUAGCAGAUUUAAGUGGAUUUCACUGUUUGGAACUGAAUUCUGCACUUUUUUUCAUCCUGUAAGCUUAAUUUCCAUGCCAAAGUGUUUGACUAUUUUGUGAACAAGAUUUAUUUUUUUUGUUUGAAUUCUGUCAUGGAUCUUAAUAGAAUGAAAAUUCAAAAAUGGCAACUAUUGAAACAUAUUUCACCAAAGAAAUGUGUGUAUGAUAAGGUAAAAUUAUAAAAGUAUUUAUUUUGAAGAUUAAUUUUACAGAAAAAUCUGUUAACUAAUUUGUUUUCUCCCCCUACUUCGUGAAAUCUCUCAUUCAGGACUUGUUAACACAGUAGCUAAAUAGAACCAUGUGAUGUGAUUUAAAUCUGACUUGCGUGUUAAAGUUGACUUGAGGUGGGAGUGGAUAAUUCAAUAAUUAAUUCCUUUCUGAUGUCACACAUACAAGUAAUUACCAUUAUAGUUGACCCAAUGACUGGAUUCAGAACUGUUAACCUGUUUGAUCUGUGGCUUUGAGUCUAAAUGCCAGUAUUUGCUAAAGUACAGGGAAAGGACUUUAUUGAUUCUGAAAUCUUUCACCAUCGUACUUUGCACCGUUUUCAUUUUAAUGCAAAAUAGAAAACAACUUAGUCCAUUUAUAUAACUCAUCACAAUACAAGUAAUGUUUUAAAGUGGGUGUCUCAAGAACAUCUACAUGGCUCUUGCCUUUUAUCAUUAGAUAAAUUAACUGCAAUCUUGCCACAUAUCUAGAAUGUUACGUUGGAUUUAGCACUGAUCACAAAAUCUCACAUUUUAAAUGGGGCCAUUUGCUAAAGACUAUUUACUGGGGCUAGUUAUUUGAUUAAGCUACAUGUAACACUGUUGUACUGUGCUGGAUUAUAGUCUGGUUAUUAAAAACCCUUUGGCAAUCUAGCAAUGUUGAGUACGAUUAGGCAUUUUUAGAAGAUAUGCAUCUAAUAAAAUAUGGACUUACUUAAGAAA